UACGCUGAUUCUAUUUCUUUCAUGCGUCCCUCCGAGUCCGACUCUCCCUCCGACAUUCAAAAACCAAAAAACCCUGGCGGAACGAGAGAGACGAUCCAAGAUGUCGAUGUCGAAGGGUUCGAAGACGCUGCAGUACGUCAACUAGCGGAUGCGGGUGACGAUCCAGGACGGCCGGCAGCUGGUGGGCAAGUUCAUGGCCUUCGACCGCCACAUGAACCUCGUCCUCGGCGACUGCGAGGAGUUCCGCAAGCUGCCCCCUCUUCAUCCGGGCCCAACGCCAAGAAAGGAGGAGAGGAGUGCGAGGACCGCCGCACCCUUGGCCUCGUCCUCCUCCGCGGCGAGGAGGUCGUCUCCAUGACCGUCGAGGGCCGCUCUCCCGCGGAUGAGUCCCGCGCCAAGGCCCACGCCGCUUCCACCGCCCUCGCAGGCCCCGGAAUCGGCCUCGGCGCCGGCCGCGGCGUCCCCACCGCCCCCCUCGUCCAGGCCCAGCCAGGUCUUGCCAGCCCCGUCCGCGGGGUCGGUGGCCCAGCCCCUGGCAUGAUGCAGCCCCAGAUCUCCCGGCCCCCCGUGCCGCAGCUCUCUGCCCCGCCCGUCUCCUACCCGCAGGACGUCUGCCCCCCUCAGGUGCGCGGCUUCCCGUCUCCCGUGGCCCCGCCCGCGCCCUUCCCCGUGCCCCCACCCCAGUUCGGGAAGCGCCCUGUGGGCCUGCAACCCCCUCAGAUGAUGCACGGCCCCCCACCACCGCAGAGGCCCGGGAUGGGGGCUCCUCCACCCGCCAGGCGCGGGAUUCCUCCGCCGCCACCGCCUGGUGGAGCGGUCCCGGUGUUUGCCCCGCCGAGACCUUGGAUGCCGCCCCCACCACCGCCAAACCUGCAGCGGCAGCAGCAACCUCCUCACAACCUGCAGCAGCCACAGCAAUAGUGGUUAUCAGAGUUCUAGGUUGGAUCCAAAUCUUACUUUUUGCACGCACCGAACUAGAUCCCACUUCGCCGAGUCUUUUAUUUUCAUCCAUCCCUCCGUCUCCAACUCGCCCUCCGACAUUCAAAAACCAAAGAACCCUGGAGCGCGAGGGCCGCCGCACCAUCAGCCUCAUCCCCCAGACGAGUCGCACGCCAAGGCCCAUGCCGCCUCCGCCGCUCUCUCAGGCCCUAGCAGCGGCCUCGCCAUCCCCCCGCCCCCCUCGUCCAGGCCUAUCCAGUUCUCGUUGGCCCCAUCCGCGAUGUCGGUGCUCCUGCCCCCGGCAUGAUGUAGCCCUAGAUCUCCCGGCCCCUCUUGCCGCAGCUAUCUGCCGGGUAAGAGACAUCAUGAUGUUUUAAUCCGAGUAGAUGAGAUAUAUGACCUGAACUUAGUGAACUAUUUCUUUCUGGAAUCUUUGGAUUGUCAAGAUAUUUUGAUUUUUAGCACCUCGUUCUCGGCUUUUAUAUUUUGUCCGGUGUAAAGUCUCAGAAGAAUCCCCUCCCACUCUCUUUCUCUCUCUCUUCGAUGGAGAAGCGGAGGAGGCCGAGAACGAUCCUCGCUUCUCCGACGACCGAAGAAACCCUUGUCAACGUC